CCUACUGCUACGUUAAACUAUGGAAACUCAAGAAAACCCUUGGGCAACCAGGCACCUACGUGUUGCUGUAGAGGAGUGGGAUCCAAUGAUUAUAGUUAAAGGAACGGACAAGUCCAGCCUCCAAGGACCCAUGGCUGACCUUCUUCGUUAUUUAGCAUCAUCAUUGAGUUUCAACUAUACACUUUUGAAACCUCUGGACAAGCAAUGGGGUGUUCCUCUGCAAAAUGGCUCAUGGACAGGAAUGAUUGGAAUGUUGCAUAGAAAGGAAGCCGAUCUUGGACUUGGACCAUUUGGAGUCAACUGGGAACGAUUCCAAGUAGUUCAGUUUUCUUUCCCAAUUUCAUUGGAGAGUAGUUCUGCUAUGGUUGGACAGCCAGGGAUGAUGAACCCCAUCUUUAGUGUAUUCUCUGCGUUUGACGUGAAGAUUUGGGUAGGAAUAUUCAUUUCCCUUGUGCUUGCAACGCUACUUAUGACUAUCAGUAUUCAUCUGAUAGAGGGCGACAGUGUCUACGACUUGCUUCGCUAUUUGUGGUAUUUUACAGGAUCUAUUGCUUACCAAGCUUUUCCCAGAACUCCAAGGCCAGUAAGCAGCCGUGUCCUCUUGGGAAGCUGGUGGCUUAUGGUUGUGGUGGUGAUGUCAGCCUACAGCGGAGUGCUAAUUUCCACCUUGUCCAUGCACGUUCGUGUUAAUCCUAUAGACUCGAUCAAAGAUCUUCAAAACCAUCCGGAAAUAAAAAUCAUUAUGGAGAAAGGUGCUAUCGAAGAAUACAUGUUACGG